ACUUAUCGUUUGAGUUUCUGGGAGCAAUGAGAAAGAAGUUGUUUAGCACAAUUGUGUUACUUCUGCAAAUUGUUGCUUGGGUUCCUGCAACUAGUAGGCUUUUGAUUCCAAACCAUGAUUCUUCUUCUCUGAUAUCAGGUACUGGUGGAAGUCCAGAGAGUUCACAAGCUCCCUGCAGUUCAAUAGAGGAUUUACAGAAACUAUCAGAAGCAAAAAGCUACAGAAAUGAACUUGGUUCAAGACCCCCGAAUUGCGACCACAAAUGUGAUGGUUGCAACCCUUGUGUAGCCAUACAAGUACCCACAAUAAGCGGCGGCCACUUAGGAAUACAGUAUGCAAAUUAUGAGCCUGUUAGUUGGAAAUGCAAAUGUGGGGCAACAUUCUACAGCCCGUAACUAUUUUUGUUACCCUAAAGUCUAGGUAUUUAUAAGUUAAAAACUUAUCUUA